AUCCGUUCGCUAUGAAACGCAAAUUUGGUGUUCGAAGGAAGCUGUAGCAUAAUUUACAGGAAAUUACUUAUUUUAUCAUAAGUUUCACUGUUUUUGUUCAAUUUAUCUCCAAUUCCCAUCUCCCCUACUAAGGAAAUGGUGGCAUGGGAAUGGGACGCCUCGUCACUGGAACUGUCAUUUCAACACAGGGUCGUAGCUGCUUAGAAAUAUCAUUUCGGAAUUGCUUAACAAAAAUAAGAAUUAAACAAGUUUAUAGCAGUGUAAUCGUGUCAUUUGACAGAUCUAUAACAAAUCCAUCUUAUAAUGAAAGCAUACCGGUCACAGGUAUCAUUUGAUUCCUCAUAAAAAUAUUACUAAACAGCCAAAAACAAAACAUGCUAAAUUCCAAUACUUUUCAGCCCGUUUGUUCCAGCCGUUAGCGUAGCGGCACAAUGUUUGACCUUGCAGCGAUAACGGCACGCAAGUGUCUACAGCAGACUUGAGAGACGACAAGACAAACGAUCGCACGCUGUACAAGAAGAAAGUUGCUCCAAAAUGGCCCCACUCAGUGCUCGCAUUGGCCCAUCGAUUCUUAAUGCCGAUCUUUCCCAGCUGCACGAGGAGUCGGAGAAGCUGCUCGCGAACGGUGCCGACUAUCUGCACCUGGACGUGAUGGACGGUACCUUCGUUCCGAACCUCACCUUUGGCCAUCCGGUGGUGAAGUGUUUGCGAAACAAAAUCAAGGAUGCAUUUUUCGAGACGCACAUGAUGGUGCAGAAUCCCCAGCAGUGGAUUGAACCGAUGGCCGAUGCCGGUGUGCAGCAGUACACAUUCCACAUCGAACCGGUCCUCGAUAGCGUGGCGGACGUCUGCAGGAAGGUGCGCGAGUCUGGCAUGAAGGUCGGGCUGGCGCUCAAACCGGGAACGGCGGUGGAAGCGGUCCAGCAGUACAUUGACAGUGCGGACAUGGUGCUGGUGAUGACGGUGGAGCCCGGCUUCGGGGGGCAAAAGUUUAUGGCCGAUAUGAUGCCGAAGGUCCAGUGGCUAAGGGAGCACUACCCUGCCCUAGACAUUGAGGUGGACGGUGGUGUUGGGCCGGCCACGAUUGAGCAGUGCUCGAAGGCGGGUGCCAAUAUGAUCGUGGCCGGGACUGCGAUCAUACGGGCCGACGAUCAGGCGGCAGUGAUUCGCGAUUUGCGAAGUGCCGUGCAGAGUGCUAUUAAUCAUGGAGGACAAUGCUAAUCACUGGCCGCACGCAAUAAUACGCUAAAUAUACAGAUUUGUUAAAAAAAGUCGUUAAAAAAGUACAAAG